CCCGGCGCCUCCCCUCCGCAGUCGGGGAAGGCCAAGGACUACUGCCAGGCGUGCGCCGGGAGACUGCCCUGCUCCGCGGCCCUGGGCUCGCUGGCCCGCGCCUGCCCGGCCGAGAGCGCCCUCUCCAGAGUGGGCAGCCUAUUCCGCUCCAAGCGCAAGAAGUUCCGCGUGAGUAGCGAGGCGCCCACCUACACGGCGCUCUACCUGGGCAACGCCACCACGCUGCAGGCCAAGGGCGAGGGUUGCACCGACGUGGCGGUGGGUAAGAUCUGGGCCAAGAGCGAGGCCGGCCGGCACGGCACCAAGAUGAAGCUGACCACCGGGCCGGAGGGCACCCGCAGGGCGCCCGCCGUCGCGGCCGAGGCCGCCUGCCGCCCGGGCCACCUCUACUUGCUGCACCGCGUCACCUACUGCGUGGCGGACCCGCGCCUGCCGCGCCUCUUCGCCUGGAUCUACCGCCACGAGGUGAAGCACAAGGCGGUGCUGCUCCGCUGCCACGCCGUGCUGGUCUCCAAGGCGGAGAAGGCCCGCGCCAUGGCGCUGCUGCUGUACCAGACCUCGGCGGCGGCGCUGGCCGAGUUCCGCCGCCUCAAGAAGCGCGCCGACGCGCGGCACCAGCAGCUCCAGCAGGUGGGCCCCGGGGCAGACGGCGCCAUCCCGCUGGUUCCGCUCCGUAAGCUGCUCCUGCCCGGGCCCGGCGGCUGCUACAAGCCGCCCGUCGAGCGGAGCCGCAGCGCGCCCAAGUUGGGCUCCAUCACCGAGGACUCGCUGGGCCCGGGCUGCGCCAACGGCGGACAGGACGAGGCCCGCGACGGCGAGGACGAGGACGAGGAGGACGAGCUGCUGGCCCCGCUGGACGAGGGCGACGGCGACGGCGCGGCGCCCGCGGGGCCCAGCCCGGCGGCCCUCACCUGCGGACUGGGCGAGCUGGCCAUCGGCAACGACGUGGCGCUGCUCGGCGCCGACCUGCGCGCCCCCCGCCUCCUCGGGGGCGAGAGCACCGGCAGCGAGUCCUCCAUCGAGAGCAACGGACAGGAGGGCGCAUCGCCCAGCCCUGCCCUGUCCCACCUUCAGGGCCAGGCAGCCCCAGGUGCACAGGGACUGCUUUUUAGCCGGCUUCAUUCCCAGUCCUGCCUUGGGCCCUGCCGGCUUCUUGCUUGGGCUCCUCGCCUGCCCCAGACCUCCAAAUCACGUGGAGCCCUGCGAGCAGCUGGGCCCGAAGGAGCUGUCCCCAGGGGGCUGCAGAGAGGCCUGGGUGCUGCCGCCCGUCUGCAGGCGCACUGUCGAACGUGGCUCAUGGGGGUGGGCAUUCUCUUCUUGGAUGUUGCCCACUGA